UUAUGGAGAGGUUUAAUGAAGGGGUACGUCAUGAAACAAUAUUCCAAGGUUUUGAACAUUCCAUGGAGAGCUGUUCAAUAAAUCAUUUGAAUAUGGAUAGAGUGUGGUACAAAACUUUCAAGGCAUGGCCAUUUGCCUAAAUCAAUAGGAUAGUCAAAGACAACAUUACUCGGAGAAGAACCAUAGAGAACCAUAGUAACUCUGGGGGUCUGGAGAGACCAACAGUUCAGGAGGGAGGGACUAUUGACAAAACAACUCUAGUUGUACACUCCAGAAAUUUGGCGUUUAGAGAAGAAGAAAGCUUUUGAUUGCAGUUAGGAUUUGAACAACUUUUGAAACCUGAGUUGUGUAAGCUGAGCACAAUUAACCGGCAUGCAAACCCAACAAGCAUCCUGACAUUCCUUUUGACAAAGAAACAUGCAGUCCCACUCAAAUGAUAUUCUCCACAAAGAUAUUCACCUUAUUUCUGAUUUAACUACAGCUUCACACUUCCUUUGAAAUGUGAAAGAACUGGUAGCAAGAGCUUUUGUUUAUUCCAAGCGAUCCACAGCAUUAUGCUGACGAUAAUAUUUUAUGCUAGCCUCCACAUAACCUCAUACACAAUAUGAGGUCAGCCGUUGUUUGUCCUUUGUGGGAGUAGAAGGCGAAGUGUUACUUUCCUGUCAGAGAGCCAUACACAGGCCUGUGUCCUCUGCCAGCACUGAUUGAACCGCGGGGGUUGCCAUGGCUACACGGUGGCCCAAUGAGAAGCUCGCGGUUGUCAGCUGCUGAAUGAAAAUAACAGUGGCCAUUUUGCGCACGAAGCCCCGGCAUCAUUCACUUAAUAACCAAACGGAAACGGAACAUCCUGACCAUUUCUGGACGUGGGUGGCUCGGCAGAGUUUAUCAGUACCACGGUGGGGCUGGCGCAUCAGCCUAGAAGAAGAGGCAUGCGGUGUUAAAGUGUUACCGUUCCGAUAGGUACUGCAUUUGUUUGGUGAGAAAACGGGUUACGACAGGUUUCCUCGCCUCAUUUUCCCUGGCCCGUUGACCAGCACCCCCCGCUUCGCAGCCCGCAUGACAGAGAGAGAGAGAGAGAGAGAGACAGAGAGAAGGAGCUAUGCUUUAGUUAGCUGCGGACAGCUUUGAAAAACAGGUGUAUAGUUUCAUCACACGGAUGCAUACCCCGGCUCGCUGAGCGUGUGUCGCCCCUCCGCCUGUCGAAGUGAGAAGUUUUUAAUCACCACAGCUGACUACGAAGCAGUCUCUUUAAGGCAUUAAACGGAGUAAGGUCAGGAAACAAAGGCCGACAGCAGAAGGACACACUUAUCCUAAGAAGAGGGGAAAAAGAAGGAAAAACAGCAGCAGAGGAAGGAACUGGAUCUCAACAGUCAUCCUUAUCUGACGUGUUGCCUUUUCCAGCCGUCUGGUUUUAUGACGCCAUGCACCAAUCCCUCCAUUUGGCCAGUCUCAGAGGUGUUGUGGAAUGUCACCUUGACCCCUCGGGAACACAGAAAGUGUGUCCCUCUGCAGUAAACCAGUAAGAAGUGCUCUUCAAUAUGAAUACAGAUAGCGGAGGAUAUGCACGCAAAAGCGUGGGGUUGUCAUUCAUACUCUCUCCAAUGAAGAGGGUCCAGAGCUCACCAAAUCUGGCCACAGGUAAUGAUUCUCACUCAUCAGAUUUUGAUUCUUGGCGGUCCCGCAGUGCUACUGAUGGUUUGAAGAAUGGAGAUGCCAGCAGUUCAUCUCUUGCUGCCAAAGGCUUUCGGAGUGUCAGACCCAACCUACAGGACAAAAAGUCUCCCAUCCAGGAUGUCAGUCACUUACCACUGCCACCCCCCAGGAGAGAGAGUUUUAACCUCUUGCCCGCUGGCACUAAUCCACCAGACUACAACUUGAUCAUUGAUCUGGCUAAUGACUUAAGUCCUGGAAUGCUAACACUCACUAAGAACGACAAGGCAGUAUUGAAAGAGUCCUACACUCAUAGCAGCACAUCCUCUUACUCCUACUCAGAGACCAGUGCAAAUUCAGUCCAACAGGUUAAUCAGCCCACAUCUGCAAACAAUGUUAGCAACGUCAGUGCAUCUACCACUGCCAGCACACAGACACGUAAGGUUUCUUCUCUUAAACUAACCCCUGUCACUAUCCCUGACCCCCCUUCUCACCAUAACCAUCAAUUUGAAGCUCAUUCUAAGAUCCAGACGUCAGGCUCCCUUCCACCAGCUUCUACACCUCCACAAGCGGUUUUAAACCCAUCCCAACCCCCAUCACAGAUAGCUUCAGUUUCUAUCCACUUGGGUGCAGAAAAUCAAAAAAAUCCAGCAUCCCUGGCUUCAAACCCAAGAGUGGAGGUGAAGGUCCCUGAUCCAGACCCAAAUCGCACAUCAACUGCAGCCCCAUCGCAAGUGGAGAUGUCAAAGCCUCCUCCUACAGUUCCACCAAGACCAUCGCCUGCACAGCUGUUGGGGCCUCCUUCCCCUGACCCUUCAGCACGGCACUCUCCCUAUCGCUGCCAGAGUUCUGAAUCACUCGACUACCCAUCAAGCUUAAUGCCGAAGAGCUUAUCGUCACCCACCCCGUAUGUUCCUUGCGGAUCUAUUAUGAAAGCUGGAACAAUCAGUGGGCAGAGCGUCAACGCUUUCAGCAACGUGAGCAUUGGUGGCUGUAUGUCACCAGCGACUUCCCCCGUGACAGUGUCAGCGCUCAGCCACUAUUCGUCAUCCACGACCGGUCUGCUUGAUGAGCUUCAGAUAUGUAGCCUGGAAUCACCUGGCGCCUCACCCACGCCUUCGCCCACGCUCAGCCAUGUUUCUACCUACACAGCCACUGCUGGGCCUGAUGAUGUGCUAACAACCUCUGUGGGCUCCACUGCUGCAGCAGCCACUGUCACUAAUGGCCAGGUCCUUUCUCAUGCAAUGAAUGGAAGUACUAGCCAUCCACAGAGGCCCAUGUCUCCACCAUCGUACCCUCCACCGCCUCCCUUGCUCCACACAGGUCUCCAGAGGCAGAGUAGAACCUCAGAGGGCAGUGAGUCAGUCACUAGAGUGUCUGUGGUUUCAGGCCACACCAGCAUCAGCAACACUGUGCCCAUCGCUCAAUUCUCAGAGGAAGAAAAGAAGGUGUCCGUCAUUAAAGCCCCGCAUUACGAAGGCAUCGGACCUGUGGAUGAGUCAGGCAUUCCUAUUGCCAUUCGCACGACGGUUGACAGGCCAAAAGAUUGGUACAAAACUAUGUUCAAACAGAUUCACAAAGUUCACAAAGCAGAUGAUGACUACUCUGGCACAUACAAUGCAACAUAUGCUUUCAUAAACAACGCCGACAACUACAGUGCCACCAUGGCCCACCCACCUCCUCAGACACACACGUACAGACCCUUGUCCAAAAGCCCCUCAGACAAUGGUGGGCAGCUGGGUCUUCGGGAGCCUUCACCAUCUCCUGUACCCCCACCACCUCCACCCAUGCCCUCCCUCCUACAGCUUAGGGCCAGAGAAAGCGACCGCGACAAAGAUUCAACAGACAUGAAUGAAUGGGGUCCUCCAAACAGGAAAGUGGACACACGAAAGUACCGAGCAGAGCCCAAGAGUAUUUUUGAGUAUGAACCCGGCAAGUCUUCAAUUUUGGAGCAUGAAAGACCAACCUAUGAUGACAUAGAUUUAGAGAACGAGCCUUGGUAUAAGUUCUUUUCCGAGCUGGAGUUUGGGCGGCCGCCUCCUAAAAAACGGCUGGAUUAUAAUCCAGACAUCUCCACCCGCCAGCGCAUCGAGACAUCCCUCCACAUCGCUCCUGCUGACAAGGCUUCAGAGAGUCCUGCAAGUGCUGCCAGCGACUACAGGAAAAGAAGGAAGUCUGAGCCAUCAGGUUUACAAACGAAUGCCCUGUCCCCAAGCAGAGCUGUAACUUCCCCUAAACCAGUGGAUGCCUACAGAUCCAGCAGCAGCCUAAAGAAACCUGUCAUUUGUUCCUCACCCUCCUCACCCUCAAGAGCCAAAGGUGGGGACGCAUGCAACAUGUUUUCAAACAGUCUAAGCACCCCAGGUCCUUAUGAGAGCACCUCUCUCCCUCCUCUCCUUUCUGACUCUGAUCAUUGCCAUAAAGAUGCCAGCCAGGAAGGCAGUUCUUCCUCUAAGCAGUCUGUCUUUUGCACAAACAAUUGGCAGGCGAACAGCCAGGAUGAUAAAACAUGGAGCAGUACAGAGGAGGCACCACCCUCCUCUGGCAAGCUCAAAUCCCGCAGUUGCGAUGACUUACUUAAUGAUGGCCAUUCUGGUUCUGUUGGUCAAAACGCCACUCGCUCAGAAAGCGCCGGGUCGCUGGUGUGUGAUGGGAAAGCCCCUACAGUAUCGGACUCCACUCAUUCACUGCCCCCUCUCCAUCGGCGACGUGCACACGACUCUCCAGGUUUUCUACAGCUCUAUCGUAAAAUGCACCAGAUUGACCGAGCUCAACUUAUCCCGUCUGAAGUAAUUCGUUCUGUCCGUGCUCGCAUCCUAGAACUAGAGCGCCAGCCUCAUCUGCAUCGCCAUCGCCUUUCUCCUUGGACACACUCCUGGGGUGUGGAAGUGCCAAGGGACAUGGUGCCAAAUCGCAUUUCUGAAUAUGAGCGUCUUAUUCAGAAGUCCAAAUCUAUGCCAAACUUGGGUGAUGGUGAGGUGCCUUCAGGCACAACAACUCCAGGUGGCUCAUCAUCUCGUGCUAGCAGCGGUGGUGGCGUGACUCCGAGUUUACCAAAGCGCCGUUUUUCCAUUGAGUCAUUACUAGAGGAAGAUACCAAUAGCAACAACAGGACUGUACGUCACAGCAUGGACCACAUACCACGUAGCCCACCAGAGGGGCAACCCCGUGUUGGGCCCGAGCCUGGACGUGGCCAGUCAUUUUCAGCUCCUCCCAUUCCUCAAGGCCCGCUAGCAAAUCAUGACUAUUCUGACAGUGAACAAGACGCUAUUGCAUCUGACCUCAGUGACUUCAUCCAGGUGGAGGGUUCUUCUUUUUGCAGUGAGAGUGAUUUUGACCAUUGCUCCCUAACUUCAUCUGAGAGUCUCUAUGGAUCUUCCACCCUCAAUCACCACCACCUCCGUCACCAUCACCAUCAUCAUCAUCAAGGUCAUCAAAGUCUAGGCCAGAGCCAGGGCUACCAACACCGCCACCUUGUCAGCACCUGCAAGGGCCGCUGCCCAGCCUCAUACACCCGUUUCACGACCAUGCUUCACCAUGAGAGGGAGCGAGCACGAAAGGAGAACCAGAGACAGCAGAGCCGCAACAGCCAUUCCCAAAUUCAGGCCUCGCAGUCCCAGCAAGCAAUGUCCAAGCUGGCCUUCUUGGUCAGCCCAGUGCCUUUUCGCAGGAAAAAGGGCUCACCACCUACCUCUAGAAGAAGCGGUGGUGGUGGAGCUCGAGGUAGCAGACCCAAGUCCAAACAGGCCAUCUAUGAAGCACUAGAUGCAGCCUUGAGAGACAUUUAUGAGCACAUUCAAGCAGAGAGAGGCCACAGAAGCUCUAGGCCACCUGAUGACAGUAUUUUGAGGAGAAUCCUGGCAGAACUGUUGCCAAGUGUGCCUGAAAGAAGCUCCUCUUUGCAAGGAAGGAGGGGCUGCUGGCCUGGGAGCCACUCCUCUGCAUCUGUUUACCCAGAUGGAAGCCCGACUGGGUAUGCUUCCCAUAGAGAAGAACCAUCCACACCAAGCCUACAAUCACCAAGGUUACAGUCGCCAAUCAGUGCCUGCUAUGGACGACAUUUGGAGGCCUCAAACAAUAAUGAAUAUGGGGAAGAGCAAGGCAGUGGAAAUAGUCUAUGUUAUUCAGACCAUGAUGUCUCGAGGAGUUAUUCCACCAUGGAUGGACGCCACACACCGCAGGCCAGAAGAUCAACCCCUGACAGAGAGGUCUCCCAUAAACAGAUGACACAACUUAUUCUGUUCUCUCUCCUCCAUCAGAAACAGCCUGCAAGAGCAAUUUAUGAUUUUAAGGCACAAACAGCAAAGGAAUUGACAUUUAAAAAGGGCGAUGCUGUCAACAUCAUCAGGCAAAUAGAUAACAACUGGUAUGAAGGAGAACACAGAGGACGGGUGGGGAUCUUCCCCAUAGCGUAUGUAGAGAAGAUGCCAUCAUCAGAGAAGCAUCAGCCGAUUCGUCCUCCUCCUCCAGCACAUGUCAGGGAGAUUGGCGAGGCUGUGGCGCGCUAUAACUUCAAUGCUGACACUAAUGUGGAGCUGUCACUUAGAAAGGGCGAGAGAGUUGUGGUCAUCAGGCGAGUCGAUCAGAACUGGUUUGAAGGGAAGAUUCCUGGCACAACCAAACAGGGCAUCUUUCCAGUGUCCUACGUUGAAAUCAUCAAGCACUCUCCAUCCAAAAGCUCAGUCCAGCAUGUAGAUCCACAUGCUUACAGCAGGGCACCAAGCUCCACCCCCAUCAAGCCCUUCUAUCACCUACCUCCGCCUUUCACCUCUUGUGACCUCCCUUCCCCUCAACACUCUCCGAGAAGGCUUGAUCUUCAAGCUGUCACCAGCGAGUGGCUCUCACUCAAGCAGGACCAAUCGGCCCCCACUCCCACCCAAUCACUCACAGCCACUCCUUUACCUCCCACACCACCCCCUCUUCCCGCCGACUUUGCCUCUCUAUUAAUGGCACAAGAGCCACCUUCCGUCUCACCCUCUCCGUCACAGAAAGGUUUCUCCUUUUCAUACCGACAACCUUCCAGGGCUCCACUUUUCUCUGAGGGAGGAGCUGGUUUAGGUCACUCCACAACUGUCCUUCCUUUCUCUCAACCCUCCCCGCCACCUCCUCCGCCUCUCCCUCCACCUGUCUCUUCCUCGUUCACUUCUGCACUGCGUGAUCAUUUAGUUAUACACAAAUGCAAGGGGCUACAUGUUUUUGAGGCAGAUAAAACUUCAAGCUUUACCAAGCCUAACCUUUUGACCUGCACCAAGUCAGUGCCAGGAAAAUUGCCCACACUUCCAGAACAGCACCAGUCUGCUUAUGAAAACAAAAGCAGCAGAUUACCGGACAUUGAGCUGCACGUAAAAGACCCUUAUGACGAGUUGUUGUCAGUGGUUCUGGACAAAUCCAGCAGCGCAGAUGAUGCCAAUGUUACUAAAGGGCCUUCGUUAUGUGUCAAGAUGAACGGUGAAUCUCAAAGCAGAUGGUUUCAGAACAAAGUCCAACAAUCCAGUCAGCCGGCAGAAACUAGUGUCCCAUCUAGCACAGUUCCCUUAAAGGUACAAUUUCACAAGCCUUUAGCCAUAAAGCCGCUGUCUAUUUUGACGGAAGAGCAACCAGUAUCAGUUAAUGAGCAACUGGUUGAUACUCAGAGGCCACCAUCAGUAGAAGGAAAGACAUACACUGAGUUAUUCAUAGAGGAAGAAGACGAAGACAUGGACGACAAAGAGGAGAACGUUAGAAUGCUAAAUGAGCGACUCAGUCCACAGGCUGAAGCUUCUUCUUCCUCCCCGUCACAGCUACCUCACUCCGAUCUCCCUCCCUUCACCACCCCACCCCCAUUAAUUUCAGCACCCCAUCCUUCUUCUCUAAUUUCUGCCUCCUCCACGUCAUGCCGAUCAGAACAACACGACCGCAGCACAAUCUCCUUCUUUCCCCCUGUCUUCCCUCAUCCUCCCCCAUGCGUCCCUCACCUGACAACUGGUCCAGUUCCUGCAGUCUCCCCCUGUCCAUCUUUGUCAUCGCCUCCCCCUCACACUUCUGACCCCUCUUCAGACGUUCCCAUCUUUGAGCCCUCCAGGUCUCCUUGUCUGCCCAACCCAGUUACAUCUUCCCCCGUCUCAGAGUCAGUUUUCUCUCUCCCUGCCCCGUCUCCCCCUAAAACUGCCUCUCCUCCCCUCUCUAGUCCCCGCUCCCCCACCACUGCCCCCGUUGUAUCGCACCCAGGCCGUAGGUCCCCCAAGGUGAAGGAUCCAGUUGUUGGCGGUAAACCCCCCCGUAGCCCCAUCUUGUCCAGGAGGUCCUAUCUGUCGCCAGUUAGAGGUCGAAGGCGGCUGGUACAGGAUGCACUGCAUGGUGGAGGGGACCCGUACCAGGCCCUGUACAACUACAUACCUCGCAACGAGGACGAGCUGGAGCUGAAGGAGGGAGACAUUGUGGAUGUAAUGGAGAAAUGUGACGACGGCUGGUUUGUUGGGACGUCUCGAAGGAACAAGCUGUUUGGAACCUUCCCUGGAAACUAUGUGAAGCAGCUAUGAUGAUUCCAGACUUCCCUAUGGCACCAGCCCUUUCUGUGGCACGUUCAUCGCCAUCAGCACAGCGCCAACAGGACGCCAGCAGAGACCUGAGGCUGCAGCACACUUAAAGAUUUGCAUCCAUGUGCGACUUUCAGCUUCACAGAGACAGAAUCUUAGCUCCAACUAGCCAUCUUUACUGAAAGACUUCUACAAGAUAAUGCUGUUUUUUUACUCCUCUCUUUUUAUUCUUAUUUUUCUAUUAUCUCAAAAUCUGUGCUCCUACAAUGAUUGAUGAUGGGAAAAAGGAUAUGGAAUAUAUAUAUAUAUAUACUUUCCUUUCUACUUUAGCAGUUUUAAGGGCAGUAUGAGUACCAAGAUCACCUCCACAGUUACUGGUAUUUUAAACAGUAACACAGUUAAUUUCAGUGUUCAGUUAAAGGAAUCCCAGAGCAAAUGAAGUGCAGAAAGUGUUGAAAAACCAGUAUUGUGACCACAUUUUUAAUAGGCUGUGCAAAUAUCAUCUUAUCAGUUUAUCGUUUAGGUUCUCGGCUUAAAUCAUCAGUCAUUUGUUUUAGGUUUUAGAUGAAAAAUCUCCCUGACAGUGUCAUAUUUACCACUAAAGCAGACUUUAAGUUUCGCAAGCAAACAUUUUUAAGUUGUUGCUUUUAUUUGAACAUUUUUCACUUUAGGGCUAAAGCACUUUAACAGUAUCUCUACGCAAGCAUGUCUGUUUAAAUUUCAUUUUUCCCUUCAGAUUUAUAACAUUAGGAGUUCCUCAUACUGCGGUAUUUCAGGAGACAGUCGUCUGGAAAACAUUUGCAGAAAGGUUGUUUACCUUUUUAGGAAUUUAUUAGAGGAUGAACUGUUGAUCAAACUGUGUGAUGAGAUGAUGAACACAGCAUUGUUUUUAACAUCUAAUGUUUGAUGCAAUUUGUUUUUCAUUUUCAAGGAUCAUUUGUUGAUACCUGGUGGAACAUAAUGAAUUAUCACAUUUCCAAUGUGGAAUUUAAUUGAAGAUACAGGAUGAGAUAAUUUAUGUAUCAGAGCAAGUACGUAGUGUAUCACUGUUCAUAUGUGCGUAAUAUUUGGAAUAUUAGCCAUUUUCCAUCCCUGCUAAGCCGUCACGCUAAGUGAACACCACCUAUUUGUUGGUUUUUGUUGUUUUUCUUAUUUUCUCAUUUAACAUUUCAGAAAGAAAGGACACUGACAACAAGAACCAUUGUUAAAGCACCUUAAGAUAUGUUAUUCAUCAUCGUCCUUCACGUCACUCCUUGUCAUUCACUAUGUCAGCUGGUGUGAGGACACUUUGUGUUUGUUGUGUUUUUGUUUCGUAAGCCUUUUGUAUGAGAGCUAUACUACAGCCAGCAUCCAUAUGCUUUAUAAACUCAGCUGUUUUUCACCCACCAUCACAUGUGGUUUCUCCUCUUUCUUCACGUGUUUUCAUCUUUCAUCGUAGGUGUGACGUGUAUGCUGCAUUCGAUUUGUACUCAGAAGCUAGAAUUUCCCCAAUAGAAAGUCAGGAAAAUCGUCUGAGGUUUCCAAGCCAAGUUCAUAAAACCUAGUCUGUGUUGCAGGAGAAAACUGUUUACGUGCAGCAGUUUGUGCCUCAUUAGAAGGGUCCCUGCACCGUCCUAAAGUAUGGAAUUCGAGUUUACAAUUGUCCAGAUCUGGAUAAAUCUGUACCCUGCCUCUCGCCCAUAGACUGCUGGAGAUGGGCACCAGCUCCCCACGACCCAUUAUGGAAGAAGUGGUAGAAAAUGACUCACUGACUUUUUGGAUUUCCAGAUUUUGUUCCUUAUUCCAGUGUCUUAAAGAUAAAUAUCAGAAUGUCUGAAACAUUAAGGACUUUUCACAUUGAUUUAUUUGUGGACAAUAUCCUUAAUCUUUAAUUUGCAACAUCACAACCUGCCUUUGACACUGUCAUCUUUAUCGUUUUGGCAUUUGAGUUACUUACACAACCCACAGAUAAACACUCAUUCAAUAAUCAGACACCUUAUAUGAGGGGUUUAGGCUGGAUCUGUGGUUCCUAAUUGGGUCAGGUUUAGAUUAGAAGUAGGAAUCCUGCAUUAAACCAGAAGCACAAAGUACUGUAAAAUCUUAGAGUUUCACCCAUCAGAGAUUUUUGGCAGAUCCAGCAUGGAAAAUAUUUGUUUUAUCCCUCUGUCCUACAGUCAUUGAUUAUAUUUGCACAUUACCAGUGAAAGGUUUGGACAUACCUUUGUCAUACAAAGGAUUUUCCUUACUUGAAUUACUUUCUAUAUUGUAGAUAGUGAAAAUUGCUAAAUUUAGAUGUUCAUUCAACACUGAUUACUUUCACAUCGAAUAAUUUUAUUACUGUCACCUGUUAGCAGGUAGGUAUGUUGCAUUUAAUGAACAAUUUAUGUCCAUUUGGUCAGCAGUCAGAUCAAGCUGAAAAUGAGUCUACCUGACAAUUUUUGGUGCAUUUGUAUGAUUCAUAGUCGACUCGAGUAUUAUGUUGUUCACAAAUCCGACUUCUGAAGCAAAUCAAAUGCAGCGUUUUAUCCAAUCUCACAGGUGUAUUUAAAUAGGGUUUUAAAGUUGACAUUACUUUAGGUUAAAAUGGGGAUUGUUGCCUUCUUUACUAUUCACUACUUUAAUAGCCAUGUACAUGUAAACCUCCUCUGUGAUGCAAAAAAUAAUAAUUUAUGCGAAUGUAGUGUAGAAAACAUAAUGUGGACAUAUGAUAGUGUGCAGAGAACAUAGUCUUCAGUGUUUAGAGUUCCUGUUUGCCCUCGAUAAGAGCAGAACAGAUUACAACUCAAAAUAUACAUUUGAUUUCUGAUGUUUUCAGAUGUAAGAACAUUAUAAAUUGUAUAUGAUCGUCAUAGUAGAAUCCAAUUUAAGUAUUCCUACAAUAUUGUUGCACUUCUGGAUGAUCUUUUGAGUUGUAUUGCUAAUAAAAUCCUGCUGGUAGAUGA